CUAACUUCCUCUAUGAAGAGAGUAAGCCUGUGCUCCGUUUCACCAUGGCCCUCCUCGCUGCCGCAGACGCAGACUUUUGCUUCAACCUGUUCAGAGAGAUGGACAGCAAUCAAGGAAGUGAAAAUGUGUUCUUUUCCUCUCUGAGCCUCUUCACUGCCCUGGCCCUGGUUCGUUUGGGGGCAAGGGGUGACUGUGCUUCUCAGAUCGAUAAGGUGCUUCACUUUAAUACCUUCUCAAGACCUGGGAACUCUGCUGAUACUCAGCCAGGACUCCAAUCUCAACUGAAAAGAGUUCUGUCUGAUAUAAACACAUCCCACAAGGAUUAUGAACUCAGCAUUGCAAAUGGACUUUUUGCAGAAAAAGUAUUUGAUAUUCGAAAGGACUAUAUUGAGUGUGCUAAGAAAUUAUAUAAUGCCAAAGUGGAAAGAGUUGACUUUACAAAUGAUGUGGAAGACACCAGAUAUAAAAUUAACAAAUGGAUUGAAAACGAGACCCAUGGCAAAAUCAGGGAUGUCUUUCAUGAAGGUACCAUAAGCUCAUCUGCUGUGAUGGUGCUGGUGAACGCUGUGUACUUCAAAGGCAAGUGGGAGUCAGCCUUCACCAAGAGCCAGACCCAAAAUUGCCAUUUCAGAUCCCCCAAGUGUCCUGGGAAAGCAGUGGCCAUGAUGCAUCAAGAACGGAAGUUCAAUUUGUCUGUCAUUAAAGAUCCAUCCAUGCAGGUUCUUGAGCUCAGAUAUCAUGGUGGUAUAAGCAUGUACAUAAUGCUGCCGGAUAAUGACCUAUCCCAAAUUGAAAACAAACUGACUUUUCAGAAUCUAAUGGACUGGACCAAUCCAAGAAAAAUGAAAUCUCAGUAUGUCGAAGUGUUUCUACCUCAGUUCAAGAUAGAGAAGAAUUAUGAAAUCAAGCACUACUUAGAAGCCCUAGGGCUGAGAGAUAUCUUUGAUGAAUCCAGAGCUGAUCUCUCUGGUAUAGCUGCAGGAGGCCGUCUGUAUGUAUCAAAACUGAUGCACAAGUCUUACAUAGAGGUGACUGAGGAGGGCACAGAGGCCACCGCUGUCACAGGAAGCAACAUCGUAGAAAAGCAGCUGCCUGAGUCGAGUGUGUUCCGAGCUGAUCACCCAUUCCUAUUUAUAAUCAGGAAGGAUGACAUCAUCUUGUUCAGUGGCAAAGUCUCUUGCCCUUGAAACUACAACUGGUUUUUAUUAGAACAGAAGCAACAACAUCAAGGAACCACCACAAGGAAGUAGAUUUAAGUUUAAUUGGAAGCAUGUGAUGAUUCUUCUAGGUUUACUUCCUUCUAACAUUGAUCAGCGGAAGAUUUGGGUGACUUGAUUUGACCUGGUUGAUUGUCCUGAUCUUGCUCUUAGCAUUUCUACCACCAUCAGGCCCACCUCUUUCUAAUUUCAUUGUCUUUCUAUCCACACUGAUUUCUACCAGUCUUCACCAUAGCCACUUGCACAAAGAUCUGGGUAUACUAUCUGGGAAC